GCAACAUGUUGCAUCCGAAACUGGGUCGCGUGAUGAAAGUGGUCUACUACCAUUCCGUUGUCUUCGCCCUAAUGAGUACUACCCUAAGGAUACGCUCCCACAGGAAAUGCAUACGCUUAGCGAAGGUCUCGCGAACUUACACCAUAUACAGCUUAUUUGUAGGCAUAUUCCUGUUCCUGAACGUGUACUACAUGGUGCCCCGGCUCAUAGAAGAUGGCUACAUGAAGUACAACAUAGUCCUGCAGUGGAACUUCUUUGCCAUGCUCUUGCUUCGAGCCAUCGCAGUGGUGGGCUGCUAUGGAACCCUGUGGCUGAAGCGCCACGAAAACAUUCGGCUCUAUAAGAACUCGCUGGUUUAUUGGAAGAGGUUCGGACACAUAAUGAAGGCCAUAGUAGACAGGAACGAGCUGCUCGACCUGCAAGCGUCCCUGGCCAGAAUAAUGGUCCGGAAAAUAAUAUUGCUGUAUGGCGCUUUUCUAUGCUCCACGGUGCUGCAGUAUCAAUUGCUCAGUGUGAUUAACAAACAGAGUUUAGUGGCUUUCAGUGCGCGACUCACGCACUUCCUGCACUUCUUGUCCGUGAAAAUGGGUUUUUGCGGUAUACUUGUUCUGCUGAAUCAUCAGUUUUUGGUAAUCCACCUGGCAAUAAACGCCCUUCAUGGAAGGAAGGCCCAAAAUAAAUGGAAAGCCCUGCGCUCCGUAGCCUCCAUGCACCUGAAAACCGUUCAAAUAGCUAAGAGGAUCUUUGGCCUGUAUGACAUCAUUAACGCCACGGUGUUUAUCAACAUGUUUAUGAGCGCUAUUAAUAUCCUUUAUCAUGCCGUCCAGUACAGCAAUAGCACCAUUAAGUCAGAUGGUUGGGGCAUCUUAUUUGGCAACGGAUUGAUCGUUUUCAACUUCUGGGGAACCCUGAUGCUAAUGGAAAUACUGGACAACGUGGUAACCUCCUGCAAUAAUACUGGCCAGCAACUAAGGCAAUUUUGCGAUCUACCGAAAGUGGGCUCACGGCUGCAAAGGGAGUUGGAUGUUCUGACCUUACAGCUGAGGCGGAACAGGUUGGUCUACAAAAUAUGUGGAAUUGUGGAGCUGGACAAACCCGCUUGCCUUAGUUAUAUUGGCUCUAUUCUGAGCAACGUCAUUAUCCUCAUGCAGUUCGAUUUGAGACGCCAAAGACAACCAAGCAAUGAUCAUCUGCACCUUAUCAAUUUGUUCAAGAACAAAACAGAAGUGUAGAGAAAAGCUUACAAAUAUUUUGUUUUGUUAUUACUCUUGCUGUCGAACUGAAUUUUAACCAUUCAUGAAAGGUUUGUUACCACGAUAUGAUAUGUAAAUGUCAACCAAGCAAGCUUUCAGGACUUUACAUGAUAUUAAAAAGCUCUCUGCAAGCUUACAGGACUCGCCGUUAUGGGAAUAUUAUAGG